UUGAGGAAUGCAGCGGCGGUGUCUGGUGGAGAUAAGGGUCUGCGGGCACGACUUGGACGAAUGAGGCAACUGCUGUGCCAGACUGGGCAUCAUGUGGAUGUGCAGAUGGACGAGGAGCCUGGCGUUUGGCUCAGGAGCUUCCAUCUGCUGGACCUUGAGGAAUGCAGUGAGGACCCGGUGCAGGAGUGGGGAGAGGAGGUGGAAGACGGUGCCAUUUAUGGGGUCACUCUUCACCGAGAACCCAUCCAGCCCCCACCUGAUGCUGCUGAGAACUCUUCUGCCUUCGGCUUCAUGCAGUACCGCACACUGAAGGUCCGCAGGCUUAAAGCAGCCACUCUGGAGCGUCUUGUCUCAGAAUUGGUGAACCCGGAGUGCCCUGACCCAGACUACAUGCAAAUCUUCCUCUCCACCUACAGAGCCUUUACCUGCACAAAUGCUUUCAUAGAACUCCUGUUUCAAAGAGAGGACAUGGUCACCAAUCUGGACAACAGUGUCUGUUUUAGGAGUUCUAUGCCAUGUCUGAUCCGGCUGUGGUUAGACGAGUAUCAAGAGGACCUUCGGGACUCUCCAGAUCACCAGGCUCUUCGGCUGCUCUGUGCUCAUCUGCAUCAUCGCCUUUGUUUCAGACGUCUGGCUCAUCAAGCCGAUGCUCUUCUCAGAAAAUUUCAGACUGAAGGUACAUCAGCAGAAGCCAGCACAGCUGCUGUAGAGAAUCGGGCAACUGAAGACAUCACGGACAGACAGGACAUAGAAGAGAUGGGGGAUGUACUGGGCUUCCCUGCACGAGACAUUGCUGAGCAGCUCACGCUCUUAGAUGCUGAACUCUUUGUCAAAGUGGUUCCAUUUCACUGCCUUGGCUGCAUUUGGUCUCAAAGGGACAAGAAAGAGAAUCGGAAUCUAGCACCCACGGUUCGUGCUACCAUUGCCCAGUUCAAUGCCGUCACUAACUGCGUUAUCACCUCUCUGCUGUGCCCUCCUUCCACAUCCCCUCCCGGUUCCCCAUCCUGCACUCGUAGCGGCCCUACACACAGGGCAAAGAUUAUUGAGAAGUGGAUCUCUGUAGCUCAGGAGUGCCGUCAGUUGAGAAACUUCUCCUCUCUGAGAGCCAUCUUAUCUGCUCUUCAGUGCAAUGCUGUUUACCGGCUAAAGAAAACCUGGGCGGCAAUCAGCAGGGAGAGUAUGGCUGCCUUCAAUCUCCUGUGCGACACAUUUCCUGAUGAGAACUGUGUGCUGGUCAAUCGAGAGAUACUUGUAGAGGAAGGAAACCAGGCAGCUGAUGUAGACACUCACACCGCUUCGAAGUCUCCCAGACUCAGUCCUACAUCUAAGCACAUGACCCCCUCCAGUGGUGAGGUGCCGUACCUGGGCACUUAUCUGACCGUUCUCACCAUGUUGGACACAGCACUAAGUGACAAUGUAGAGGGGGGUCUCAUCAACUUUGAGAAGCGCAGAAAAGAGUUUGAGAUUCUGUCUCAGAUCAGGCAGCUGCAGGCGUCAUGUGCUCAGUACAAUCUCCAAUCACAUCCUCGCAUCAUUUCCUGGAUCAACACCAGCAUACCUCUUUCUGAUCAGAAGAGCUAUGAGUUGUCAAGAGAACUGGAGCCACCAGUUGACCCCUGUCCCAGCUCUCCCAACCCCUGGAGCCACCGGCUCAUCACCAAGAAACUGACCUCAUUGCUGUCUGGCAGUGAGAACCUCUCAAAGAAGACUUUUGCUGAUCAGAUCAGUGUAUCAUCCUCUGGCUCCAGUGGCUCAGAGAUGGAAGAUCUCAGCAGCCCCAACCUCUCACCACUUAGAUACAAAAUACAGUCACCAUCCGUAUCCUGUCAGGACACCUCAGUAGACACACCCAGCUCCUCUCCGACUCCGCCCAGCUCUUUUCGAAGAUGCCUACAGACGGAUCUGUCUGCCCUGAACCCCGACAGCCCCUCCCCUACUUCAUCUGCAUCAUCUUCAUCAUCCUCUCCUUCUCUCAAACAUCCCAUGUACAACAAGCAGGUCGCCGAUUCUUGUAUUGUCAGAGUCAGUGUGGAAUUUGGCAACAACGGAAAUGUUUAUAAAAGUAUUUUGAUAACCAGUCAAGACAAGACAGCUCAGGUGAUUCAGAGAGCUCUGGAGAAACACAACUUGGAGGAGAUGAACUGCCAAGACUUUAGUCUCACACAAGUGGUUUCUAAUGACAAAGAGUUGCUGAUCCCAGAAAAAGCCAACGUGUUCUAUGCCAUGUGCACCACUGCCAACUUUGACUUUGUGCUUCGCCAGCGUUACAAAAAUCUCAGCAGAGCGCCUGGAUCAUCCUGGAGUCCUGGAGCAGUUCUGAGGUCCCGCAAGUAACAGCACCGUGAUGACAACCCACAACAUGGUGGUAUAAUACUGGAAAACUUGUUUUAAAAGUGGACAAAGACUAUAUAACCACAUGGACAACUGUGAUGAGCUGGUGACUACUGGAUGUCGAAGCUCUGAUCAAUUUAAAAACAGACUGAUGGAUGCAUCAUUGAGCUCUGAAACGCUCUGGAGUCACAAUUUAUGACAUCAUCUCACCCCGUAAUGUAGCAAGGAAACUGUAGCUUUCUACAGCUGCCACAACAACAGUUCUGAUUUAAAACCAGUUAAAACUGGAGGAAGAAAGACUCAGAGGAUCUGAAAUGAAGACCUAGGGAAGUUGCAAUAAAUGGCCACAUCUACUGCCAGUUUAUUCAGAGGUUUUGCUUUGAAAUGAGAGGUCACACACGUGAUACCUGAGUUUUACUGAGAAACAUUUGUUUGUAUUUGGAUGAACACAUUUGUUUUAAAUAUGACCUACAAAUACAAGCUUUUAUGUAGCUAAUAAUCAGCGAUAGGUAAAAAGUGAAUAGA